AUGACCAACAAGAAGAGCAACGACAGCCAAAUUCGUGCUGAGAUUGCUCAGCGGUUGGGGUAUCGCAUUCAACCAACCUUUAAGAAAGACGCAAUGGAAAUCGCAGAGUCGUUUCGUAGAGGUGGUGAUAGUGCAACAGCAAAGGAAAUUGAAGCCGAACAGAAUGCAGCACCGAAUGAGCGGCCAAGCAAGGAAGAACUGGAGGCUUGGGACAAGGAAUGUCGCGAACAUGGCAUCCCACGUGGUGCCGCAGGGGAACGGGAGGACGAGGAUUAUCGCAUUUUGAGCGUGGCCGAGGGUCAAGAGGCAUGGAGCGUGGAGCAGGAGAGCUUGACUGACGCCCAACCGGGAGGACUGGAUAUCAGUGCAUCAGACUGGUGUGGGGUUGCACCGGUUGACAAUGCUGGAAGAGGCUUCCUCUGCCGCCUGGAUGGGAUCCCAGAACUUUACGCCUGCUUCGGGUACCCGAACAAUCGCACAUUUGGCAGACCAAAGUCGACCCUGCCACAGAUCUCCUUGACCAUCUGA